AGGCACAGCUGACGACCUCGCGAAGGAACUACAACUCCCGUGAGGCGCUGGGCCCGCGCAGGCGCGGGGGGGGGCGCAGCCUCUGCCUCGGGAUUCCAUUGGCUGAGCCGGCUCAGAGCUGGGAGUCCUGAUUGGCUGAGGGGCCUGAGGUAACGAUUCCGGAAAGGGGAAGAGCAGCCAACAUGGCGGCGGAACGCGGCGCGGGGCAGCAACAGUCGCAGGAGAUGAUGGAGGAAGAACAGGAGCUGCCUGUGGACAUGGAAACCAUCAACCUGGACCGAGAUGCAGAGGAUGUUGAUCUGAAUCACUACCGCAUUGGAAAAAUCGAAGGCUUUGAGGUUCUGAAGAAAGUGAAGACUCUCUGCCUCCGUCAAAAUUUAAUUAAAUGCAUUGAGAAUCUGGAGGAGCUACAGAGUCUUCGAGAGCUAGAUCUUUAUGACAACCAGAUCAAGAAGAUAGAGAACCUGGAGGCGCUGACGGAGCUGGAGGUUCUAGACAUUUCUUUUAAUCUCUUGAGAAACAUUGAAGGGAUUGACAAGUUGACACGACUGAAAAAACUCUUCUUGGUCAACAAUAAAAUCAAUAAAAUAGAGAAUGUAAGCAACUUGCAUCAGCUGCAGAUGCUGGAACUGGGGUCCAACCGCAUCCGGGCAAUUGAGAACAUUGACACACUGACCAGCCUGGAGAGUUUGUUUUUGGGGAAAAACAAAAUUACUAAACUUCAGAACUUGGAUGCACUCACCAAUCUGACCGUUCUCAGUAUGCAGAGCAACCGGCUGACCAAGAUCGAGGGUCUGCAGAACCUGGUGAAUCUGCGGGAGCUGUACCUUAGCCACAACGGCAUCGAGGUCAUCGAGGGCCUGGAGAACAAUAACAAACUCACCAUGUUGGACAUUGCGUCAAAUAGAAUCAAAAAGAUUGAAAAUGUCAGCCAUCUAACAGAGCUCCAGGAAUUCUGGAUGAACGACAAUCUCCUCGAGAGCUGGAGUGACCUGGACGAGCUGAAGGGCGCCAGGAGCCUGGAGACAGUGUACCUGGAGCGCAACCCCCUGCAGAAGGACCCACAGUACAGGCGCAAAGUCAUGCUGGCCCUGCCCUCUGUGAGGCAGAUCGAUGCCACCUUCGUCCGAUUCUGAGCUCUCCUUGUCCUUACCUGGUCCCUCUCCUCAAAGAACUGCCCAGCCACAGUUUUUUAAUCCACCUGUUGCUCCUGAAGUCGUCACUCUAUCAACAGUCACAGACCCGAUGGCAAUAAAGAGGCACUGAUGAUAGCCAACGUGCAUGAUGCCGCUCACCAUUCUGAGAUGCCAUUGCUAUUAAAUCUUGCCACACAGUC